AUGGUUUUGGCUGAGGUAGUGAUAGCUGUGAAAUCCUACUCUGCAGGUAUUCUUGAAAUAACCGCUGUUGAUGUUGGAAUCGUUGCCAUCAAGGGGUUGUUCUCUGGCAGAUACCUGGCCAUGAACAAAAGGGGCAGACUUUAUGCAUCCGAAAAUUACAACGCAGAGUGUGAGUUUGUGGAGAGGAUCCAUGAAUUGGGUUAUAACACUUACGCAUCCCGUCUCUACCGGACUGUACCUAACAAAGCCGGCACCAAGCGCAAAGCCAGUGCAGAGAGACUCUGGUAUAUCUCAAUCAAUGGGAAAGGACGACCCAGAAGGGGCUUUAAAACUCGCAGGACACAGAAAUCAUCUCUCUUUCUGCCCAGAGUAUUGGAUAACAAAGACCAUGAAAUGGUCCGACUGUUCCACACCAACGUGAAGUAUCGAGAGAGUCUCCUGAGGCCCCUGAGCAAGAACCAGCGAAGAAGGAGAGGACGCUGA